GAUUUUAUUUCGCUAAGGACACUUAAUGUUAAUUAUUAUGGGGAACAUCAAAUUGACGUAUAGUGAUAAUUAGCUUUUCAGUUAUAUAAGUACAGAAACAAAUUCAAUUAGGUACACAUAUAGUCAGACAAGUUUAAGUACUCCUUUACAACAUGACGGCGAAAGUAGGAGAUAAUAAAUUAAGAAAACUUGCUGCCUGUGUUGGAAUCAUCCAAAGUGUGACAUGGAUCGUUAUGUCUAUGAUAUGUAUAAUAUUAUACUAUUCGCCCGUUAUAUCGAAUAAUUAUUCCAGUUACAUGGAGUUAAUACAACUUACAAUUUAUGGGUACUUCCUAUACACUAGUGAAGAAGUGUUUCCCAAUCAAACCUUCACCGGUACUGUUUUCAACGUCUUCAUGUGGUUUUAUGUACUUUUGGAUGUGCUUUGGUUAAUUGUAUCUAUUUACCUGUUGUUCAAGAAUACUCCAAGAGCGUUAAAAGCCUGGAGCCAUUGUACCUUACUGGUAUCUUUAUGGGACUUUAUAACUUUUGUUAUACUGGGUGCAGACUAUAACAAGUGCUUGGAUUAUGCUGAAACAACUUUUAAUCAAGUAGUAUUUCAAGAAGUGUGUGCGAAUGCUAUCUUACCAGUUUUCAUCAUAGCAGCGAAAGGAUUUACGUUGUGGAUAUUUAAUAUUGCACUAGGUGUUAUCCUGGAAAGAAAAAGUAGGCAACUAUCUCAAAAGUCAAAACCAGAAGAAAGCCAUGACCAACUGUCGCCUUCGCCCUACGCUGAUACCUACAAAAUGGACCAUUCAAAAAGAGGCAUCGCCGUUAUUUUCAACCACGUCGACUUUUCUCACCCCGAGUGUUCAAGAAGAGAAGGAUCCGACAAAGACAGAGACGACUUAGUAGAGAUGUUUCAUGAUUUGAACUUUAAUGUUUCGGUGCACAAUGACCUAACAGCUCAUGAUAUCGCCAGCGAACUGAUCAAAGUAUCUAGGAUGGACCACACUGAUUCCGAUUGCCUUGCUAUAGUAGUAAUGAGUCAUGGAAAUAAUGGCAAGCUUUAUGCAAGAGACCGGGAAUACCCCACUAGGACUAUUUGGGAAUAUUUUACUGCAAACAAUUGUCCCACGCUUGCAGGCAAACCUAAAUUAUUGUUUGUACAGGCCUGUAGAGGAAGUUGUCUACAUUCUGCUGCAACUCUUCACUACCAAACUGGUGGAGUAGAAGAAGACAGUUCUUCGGUUGACGCUUAUUAUUCCAUACCAGUAAUGGCUGACAUUCUGGUGAUGUAUUCAACUGUUGAAGGUUACUAUUCUUAUAGAGAUCCCGGCAAAGGAGCAUAUUUUAUUAAAUCUCUAGUGAAAGAGAUGAAACAAUACCACAAAACUAAAGAUCUGUUGACUAUUUUGACUUUUGUUAAUCGUGAAGUAGCUGUAGAUUUUACCUCAUAUGAACCAGGCUCGCCUGAACAGUGUGGGCAUAAACAAAUAUGUUCUAUUGUUAGUAUGUUGACCAGACUGGUGUAUUUUAAUAAAAGGAUUUGAAACUGUUA